AUGGAUGAAACGGGCGGAAUCGGCAAAGAUGGCCAGAUCCCAUGGCAUUCGCGAAAGGACUUCCAAUUUUUUGUCGAGAACACAACGAGGACGUCAAACCCAGAGGAAUGCGGUGAUAAUGGGCCGCAAAUGCUGGGAAUCUAUACCGUCACGCUUUCGCCCACUAAAGUCCUCAGCCGAACUAUGGAACCAGUUGAUGAUGGUGAACUGAUAGUCUCCGGAGAUCUCGAAGAGGUCCUGAGCAAGCUAACCGAGAUGCAGGAAAGAAAUGAGAUCGAGACUAUUUGGAACAUCGGUGGACGCGAUUUAUAUGGAUGGGCAUUGGAAAAUGGAAUUGCUGAGCGACUCGUGGUUACCCAUAUUUCUGGAUGCUUUAACGCGAACAUCAAAAUGCCGCCGAUCGCCUGGGACGACUACGAAGAAGAUUGCAGCCUGGGCGAGCCAGGUCCGCCUAUCGUACUCAUCGAUGGACUGCCUUGCGCAAGCCUCGGAAAGGCGUGCCCGGCCACCCCUCAAAAGCUUGACAACGGUUCGAUCAGGUCCAACACCAAUGGUUCCCUGAAUAACCUUCACCGACAAGAAAAACAGCAGCCUCAUCUGACCAAUGGGCACAGCGUAGGCUUCGGAUCUACAAACGAACCCUGCACGAGCAAUAACCAGAAUGUCCAAAAUGGUGAUGCCGUCCGAUCUUCGGAACGGAGAAGCGAGCGGGUGUUUGUAAAUGGAAAUUUGACAACUCCAACGAAUCAUGACCGGCAAAAUGGUAAUACAAAGCCGUUCAAUGCUUCUUAUGAUCCUGGCACUCACAAAGUGAUCGAUCGGUCAUUGUACAGCGAUCAGCCAUUGGACGGGUCAAGUGCCGAUGCAAAUCAUAAAACAAAACACAUGAACGGUGUCGUCAAUACGUCUCCUUCCGAAGAGGCGAUUACUUAUCCGCUGCACGGCAUGAAGAAGCCGAGGGCAACCGCCAUUGUAUACACAAAUAGAUUAGGCACCCAUGUUCCAACUGCAACGUGGGCGGAAAUCGAGAGCGCAAAGGAGAAGAAAGUCGAGGAGCCGGCCACCAUCCAACCCGUCAAAUCAGUUAAAGCUCAGCCGUCUGUGGUAAUCGCCGGCCCAGAAACAAUACCAAAGCCGGUGACGUCAAGGCCGAAGUUCAGGCCGAAUGCACACCACCGCGCCAACCUCAACCACCAGAAGCCGGCUGCCCCACAACCAGCCGGUCUGCAACAGAAUACGGGGCCAGCAUCGCCAAUGAAUGAAUCUGCAAAGCCUACAUUGCCAAUGAAUGAAUCUGCAAAGCCAGCAUUGCGUGAACCUUCGACAUCCCUCCCAACGCCGGUUGUCCCCGAACAACAACGUCCAGCGUCCCGAAUUGAUCUCCGACUUUUCCUCGAUGAUCUACCGACGACCGCAAAAAGCCGCCCGACGUCACCAAAACUUCCCUCGUUUGCCAUGUGCAAGGGCGAAACGUUGGCGGCGGCUAGCAAGGAGUUCAAGCAAGAAUGUCCCGACAUGUCUGCUAUCAUACUGGGCUCACGUUUUCUGAAGGCCGACAAAAUGUGCCAACUCUUACACCACCUUACGCCGACCGAGCUCCAACUUAUUGCCACGAUCACCCAGGAUCGGCUGAAAGUUCACGGGCCAAUGAUCGAAUCUGUGGCCAAGCUGGCGAACCAGUAUGAAUCGAUACAAAUGCUGCUCAAAUCAAAGGAGAAUUUUCUUGAGCAAUGCCGUCAACUGUUCGACGUCAUCUCGCUAAUUCAGGGUGACAAGCGACGGGAAGCCACUGCCGCUUACCAGGUGAUCCAAAAGCUGUGGUCCGAAUAUCAAGAGCAGAGGAAGUCGAAUCACAAACCCGCCGAGCGGAAGUUGAUGACUGAGGAAUUCGGCCGAGUCGUCUCUGCUGCCCUCUACCAUCCAGCAACUUCUGUCACACUCAUCCACCAACUACGUACUUGGCGCGAUCAGCUCUUUUGGGAUCAAAAUGAGCCCACAGAAGGGUGGAAACAACCAGGCGCUGAAGACACGGAAGGUCGUGUCUGUGUCGAUUCGCUGAGGCUUGCGCCCGAUCGCGAAGAGGUGCUGAACGGGUCGUUGAGGGUUGAUGUCCUCUGGAAUGACCACUCGAGCUCAUCGGCCUGCGUUUCUACUAUGGAAAUCGACCAGCUGCAGCACAAACUCGUCGACUCUUUUGGGAUGUGCUUUGACGCGAAUGGCACACGUCGUCUGCCGAUUUUGAAGAAGAACAGUCCUCCAGAGGAUUACGUCAAGUACAUCAGAAGCUUUGUCGAUUGGCCAUCGGAGAUACGAAACCAUCUAGCCGUUGCCGAAUUGUUUGCCAGCUCUCGGGAAAACCUGCGACAAGGCCGUGCCACUCCUGUAUCAAGCGCUGAGAGCAUUGUCUCGCAGGGCUUCCUGGAGGAACGGCCCUUAUCGGCGGGAAGUUCGGGUUCUGCCCAGAACGUCGACGCAUCGUCGGUGGCUUCCCGGAAACGACCUACGUGCCACAAAUGCGCUGGACCCCAUCAACCCUCGGAAUGUCGCAACAAACUGACCAAGGCUGAUUAUGAUCCGUAUGGGUGUCCUGUGUAUCCAAACAUUCCAAGUACAAGCAGGUCCAACGGCAACGGGACACCACCACAUAUGUUGGUACCCGCGAACAUGCAGCCACCUCCGCUCCAUCUUCACGCACAGUUUUUGAAUCCAACUAAUGGCCUGGUUUAUGCUACGCAGGAUGGUCCAAAAUGGCACCAUGGCGCGAAUGAUAUGCCGACAAAUCAGCCGGUGAUGCGUCCCGGAUACUUUGCCGUCGCUCCGCCCGCUGCUCCGUUGCACCUCAUCACAACCGUGCCGACCAACCAGUUCCAGCCUCCAACCAUGUUCCAAACUCAAUACAACGUGCACCCUCCACCAUACAACGGCUACGAACAUUUCGAUCGUCAUAGAGAGGAGCGUCACUGGCAGAAGGGCGACCCCGCUCAGCGACGCCACGGCAGCAACAACACCCGCUCAAGCAACAGCCCUCUCGACGAAGAAGUGGCCCGAUCAUCUAGCUCC